UGGUGCCGGCGCCGCCGCCGCGACCUGCAGCGCCGGGGAAGGCUCAGAUCCCGCUCCCCCAUGCAGAGAUGGAGUUUGACUCGUACCAGCACUACUUCUACGACCACGACGCGGAGGAGGACUUCUACCGCUCCACGGCGCCCAGCGAGGACAUCUGGAAGAAGUUCGAGCUGGUCCCCACGCCGCCCCUCUCGCCCCUGGGCCCCCCGGGGGACAAAGCCUGUUGCUCCGGUGCGGAGGAGAGAUCCAGCUGGCUCUCCCGCUACUGCCUGGCCGGGGAAGAGCCCGAGUAUCUCAUAGACACGGGGGAGAUCUUUGGGAACCUGAGCGCUUUUAUCCUCAAAGACUGCAUGUGGAGUGGGUUUUCGGCUAGGGAGAGACUGGAGAAAGCGAUGACGGAGAAACUUUCCACGGGCACGCAGAGGGUGAACCCCCACAAGCCCUCCUUCGCCCAGGACUUUGGGUUCAACAGCUCGGUGAGCGAAUGUGUGGACCCUGCUGCCGUCUUCCUUUGCCCCCUGGCUGAGAGUAAGAUCCCAGCAUCCUCGGGAUCCGAGGGCCAAAGCGAUUCUGAGGGUGAAGAGAUCGACGUGGUGACCGUGGAGAAGAGACAAUCGCUGGGCCUGAGGAAGCCGGUCACCAUCACGCUGCGCGCCGAUCCCUUGGACCCCUGCAUGAAACACUUCCACAUCUCCAUCCACCAGCAGCAGCACAACUACGCCGCCCGGUCGCCGCCGGACGCCUGCCCGCAGGCCGAGCUGGCUGAGCAGGAGGCGACGGCCGAGCCGGCAAGCGCCGCGGCCGAGCCGGCCCCGGAGAGUGCCCUGCCGGAGCCCGGCCUGCCGAAAACCGGGAGCGCCCCCGGCUCCGACAGCGAGGACGUGGCCAAGAGGAAAAACCACAACUACCUGGAGCGCAAGCGGCGCAACGACCUCCGCUCGCGCUUCCUCGCCUUGCGGGACCAGGUGCCCGGGCUCGCCAGCUGCCCCAAGACGCCCAAAGUGGUGAUCCUGAGCAAAUCCUCCGAGUACCUGCAGUCGCUCAUCAGCGCCGAGCGGAGGAUGACGGCCGAGAAACGGCAGCUGCAGCUGCGGCAGAGCCAGCUGCUCAGAAGGAUUGCUCACCUCCAGGGGCACUAGCCCCCUCCGGCGCCCCGGCCCCGUCUCGAUUUGCACAUUUUUGGUUGGAGCAGGGCUCGGGGCGCCCGCCGCGGCCACCGCACACGAUCCGGCCGGCGUGCCGGGGCGGCUCCCUCCCGGCGGGGGCUCCCUGGAGCGGGGCUGGCUCGCGGAGGGGGGCGGCUUGCCGGCGCUGGGCGUUGCAAGAUUAUUAUUAUUUUUUUUUUCUUCUUCCCCUGUCCUGUGCUGGAACUUUCCCCGGUGACUGCGUCGGGCAGCGGGACGCAGCCCAACCCGGUGCUCGCGUUGGGACGGAUCCCCGCGCGAACGGUGGCGGAGGGGCAGCGUCCCCUCUUGGGCCGCCCCGCGCCGUUGCUCGCGGCGCGUCGACGAGGUCUCCUCGGCGGGAGAAAGACCGAGAUCAGCUUGGGCUGGACUUUACCUCACUUUCUUACCACUUCACACAGUAGCUCAUCUUGGAUUUUUGUGUUCUAGAAACUGCUGCUGUAACUGCGAGUCUUAUACUGGAGGCUGUGUUUUUAUACUGUAUUUUUGUACCACUUUUUGAGAAGUAUUGGUAAAGAGAUUGCUUUUUUUUUAAUAAACUUUUUUUUGGGGGGGGUGAGGGGGGUUCCUGCUGUGGGGGGAGGAGUCGGCCCUGCUGCACUUUAGGGAGACCGGGAAGGGGCUGGUUCCUGCCGGACCCCGGCGCCGAGACCCCCCCCGGAAGCUGGCACCCGGCUCGCGGCUCUCCGCGUUGUCCACUCCGAUACCGGGGUCUCGCCUUGUUCCCCCCCCUUCCCUUUUUCCUGCACCUCCCGGGGCCGGGGGGGCUGCGGCGCCCCGGAGGGGGCUGAGUGCUGCCCCCCCCUCCCCCCCGGGGCCGGCUCUGCCGCGGCGUCGGCCGGAUCAGCCCCGCGCCGCCCUCCCCACUGACCUACUGAGAAACGUUAGAGUUAACACUGUGGUCGGAUUUAGCACUUUCUUCGUUACCUCACACUUCGUAAAUAAAUAAGUUGCAAAGA